CAUGGAAAAUAAACGUCAUGAUGACAAGAGAUAUAAUAGGAUUCUCAAAAAACAGCUGGAAACACUUAGGGAAGAGAGCAACCAUCUGCGUGACGUGGUGGAAGUUUUUUUUAAAAAUGUGAGUAUAUUUUGUUUGUUAAUAAUGUUUGCAAUUUUCUCCUUUUUACAACUGUUUUGCGCAUCCUCUUCAGAUCAUUCUUGAAAGGGCAUUAGACAAGAAAUGUAUGUCGAUAUGAGAGAGAGAGAGAGAAAUAAAGGGAGACAGAGAUGGUAUGAAAGAGAGAGAGAGAGAUGAGAGAGAAGAAGACAUGAAAGAAUAAAUAUGUCUGCAUUGAAGCUCACCAUAAGAAAGAGUAAAAGCUUUGCCUAAUUAAUGUACCAACCUUUGACUCGAGCAGGCUAGUGAGUAUCUGAAAUAAACCUUACACUCAAAAUCAGUAGAGCAUUAUCUGAAUCUUAUCAAAUCAAGGGACAGCCAAACAGUUGGAGCCAAUCGCAACCUACUAGCUGGAACCCUACAGUGUUAUUAAUAUCUUCCUUGGUUAUUUUUCCCGUUUCUUUCAUGUUAGUUACCUGGUUCAAUGCAAUAUUUUUUGAAAUGCGUUCAAUUUGAAAAAUAACACAUAUAAAACACUGAUUAUUGGAAAACCUGAAGAAAAAAACACAAAACAAUAGAAUGGGGGGGGGGGAGUAGAGAAGAAAGAAUUAAUGUUUAACUAAUAACCCCAAGUUCUUCGAAUUCAAUAAAUGAUGUCUUAGAAAUUAUUUCAUUAUGGAUCUGAAUAAUUUUGAGGUUUACUUAGCUGAGGUGUUGACUUAGUUAUUUUUCAUCCGUUUUUCUCUUUUGUCCUCAUACUAUGUGGUUUAUAUUUUAGGCUAAUUGCAAAUGUUUAAAACCAGUAAAAUAUCAGGCUAUGACAUUGCUUUUAUCAAAAGUUAUUAAAUAGUUAUUAUGCAUGUUAUGAAUGUUGAGCAUGUUAUGCAUUCAAUGCAAUAUUUUUUGAAAUGCGUUCAAUUUGAAAAAUAACACAUAUAAAACAAUGAUUAUUGGAAAACCUGAAGAAAAAAACACAAAACAAUAGAAUGGGGGGGGGGAGUAGAGAAGAAAGAAUUAAUGUUUAACUAAUAACCCCAAGUUCUUCGAAUUCAAUAAAUGAUGUCUUAGAAAUUAUUUCAUUAGGGAUCUGAAUAAUUUUGAGGUUUACUUAGCUGAGGUGUUGACUUAGUUAUUUUUCAUCCGUUUUUCUCUUUUGUCCUCAUACUAUGUGUUUUAUAUUUUAGGCUAAUUGCAAAUGUUUAAAACCAGUAAAAUAUCAGGCUAUGACAUUGCCUUUAUCAAAAGUUAUUAAAUAGUUAUUAUGCAUGUUAUGAAUGUUGAGCAUGUUAUGCAUGUUAAAGGACACUUCUAUAAUAUUUUCACAAGAUUUCAAGAAUAAAUUAUACAUUCAAGAUUUCAUGAAAAAAAUAUUUAAACACAAUGUCGUGAAAUAAAAUUGUUAAAAAGUCUGUGUUUCUUGGCAGGUUGAAAAAGAACUGCAAGAAUUGGAAAAUAAACCUAGAAGUUCGCAGGUCAGCUUUAAGAAAAUGUCCGUCACAAUUCAGCAGGCUAUUACUCACGUCGUGUCAAAUGCCUCAUACUUUACAGGUUGAAAUUCAAAAUAUAUGUUAAUUUUUAUAUCAAAAUGUAAACAUUUAACACCUGUUUAAAAAGGUUAAGAUUAAACAUUUGAUUGAUAAAAUAUAUUUAAUGUUAAUGAAGUUUUCAAGGAUCUUGAUAAAUAAAACAGAUCUCAGUGCAUGUGUAUUAUGUUAAUAUACACAGCUUUAAGGAUAUGUGUUUAUAAAUUAAAUUAAUUUGAAUAUUAAAUGAUUAAACACAUGAUCAAAUUAUCCGUUUGGAAAUCAUAAUAUAAAAAGAAAAGAAAAUAUUUUAGUUAUAUUUUGUGAUUUAUCAUCCAUUAUUUUUGUUAAAUAUCAUUAUAUUUGCGUUGAACGUCAAUAAAAUAUUUGUUAAAUAAGAAAUAGUUUAAUGAUUAAAUAAAUGAAUGGUCUUCAACACCCACCAAAAUAUAUGUUACCAUUGAAGGUGACGAUGAUGAAGUCGAAACUGAUGCGACAAUUACCACUUCACAAGGAGAAAACACAAAUGCUAUGCAGAACGUGUGCAGCAACGAGCCAGGCUUGCAAGAACAAACGGGUGUUUAUUAUGUCCCGAAAAAAAUUUAACACAAAUUAAGGAAUACGUUUGUGUAAUAAAUAAUAUGUUAUUUACUGUAUUACAUCGACUAUUAAACAAAUGGGUAUUAACAUUUUACUUUGCUGCAAAAGCACAAGGAAAAAAAUAUAUUUUAUUAUUUUUCGAAAUGAACCAUUUCAAGAAAGUAUUGAUAAGGCAGAUAUUGAUAUUACUUGAAACUUCUGAAAAACAUUUCAUAUAAAAAUUAAAGUGUUACAUUUCCCCGGAAGAGUUGACCUAUGUUCAAAAUAAAUUGAAACAUAUUUGUUAACGAUUUUUCAAAUUUAUUUAUAAUAUUAGUUUCUUUUUUUUAAGCAACGGUAUUGUGUGUAAAAUAACUAAUGACAUAAGUUUCUGGGACAUAAAAUCUCACAGACUCCCACAUUUAUACUCAUUAAUUUAUUUUAGCUUGCGUGUUUUUAAUGGCCGUAAAAUGUUGUCAACAUGGCCCUAAUUUAAACACAACACUGGAAAUAAAAUUUUGUUCAGUCUUACCUAACUUAACCACAACACUGGAAAUAUAAUGUUGUUCAGUCUUACCUAACUUAAACACAACACUGGAAAUAAAAUGUUGUUCUCUCUUGUCUAACUUAAACACAAUACUGGAAAUAAAAUGUUGUUCAGUCUUACCUAACUUAAAAACAAUACACUCUUUGCUAGCUAUAAAGUUUUUAAGUCUUACCUAACUUAAACACAACACACUAUACAAUACACUAGGGCUGUUACGAUUUACCAAAUUAAAACGAAUGUUCGUUACUAGCCAUAAAGUGUUUUUAAGUCUUACCUAAGUUAAACACAACACCCGUUUGAACAGUUAUAAAAAUAUCCGGGAUAUACGAAAAUCUCAUAAUCUGUUUAAUUACAAAUACGUUUAACGCUCUGAUUUUAGAUUGGAAAGGAUAUGACAGCAUUAAAAGGAAAAUAUCCUUGUUAGAAAGGGAAUAUUUUUCUCUUAAAGAAACUAUCCAAGAUAUUCAAGUAAAACAAGAAAAUGCUGACGUAAAAUUGAAAGACUUCUCAAGUCAACACCAUGAUUUGAACCAAAAACUGGACAUGUCCCAAGAAAAUAAUGUAAAUUCCAAGAGACGUCUACAAAGUAACAUCAACCAGCUGUCAGAUAAAACAACUGCUCUUUCAACAUCUCUUCAACAAUUGGAGGAAAACGGCAAUGACAGACUGGAUAAACUCGAAAAGGAAAUACAAAUAAUAAAUGGGUCAAAAGAUGUCGUCAAUACACACAUCAGCUCGGUCAGAUCGUGUGCCAAUGAUGCUGUCAGAUCUAUUGAAGGCUUAGAAAAAA